GGGAAAAUUCGUGCAUGUGUGUACGUUUUUCGUUUGUAUGCGGUGCAAUGUAAUUUAUAAUUUAUUAAUAACACAUUUUAAUAUUUAAACAACAAUGUAAGUGCUGUGAGUUCAUGUUAACUAAACAUCUGAACAGCUAAUCGUAAUCCAGAAAAUCAAUUAUGAACAAACCUAACGAAAUUUAGUACCUCAUGCAGAAUUGCUGUUCCUGGACCACCCUGUACAAGGGCUUUUUUGCCAUAGUUUGUGCUUUGUUAGUUGUCGAGUACUUUUUUGGUUCCACAUUCGAAACUAGAAAAUGGGAAACAUAUUUACUGAACACUACCAGAAUACCAACGUCUGUAAAGGUAACUGGUCAACAUAGUUUUCAUAAGCCGUCGUCGAUAAUGAAUAAUUCGACAACGGCUUACCUUGUUCCGAUAAAUUCGACAAAAACAUCGACAUUUCAACAUCAGAAUGGUGAGAAUGUUGCCAACACCUUGUUUCGUUUGUCAAAAAUGAUUUCUAACGCAAACAGAACAACCAAUUCGCCUUCUAGUCAUAGCAAUUCUAAUCCCAUUUUAGACUUGAGGGAAUCAGUAGAAAAGAAUAAUUCUUCUGAAUUACCACCGUGCCCUGACCCACCCCCAAAUUUACAGGGUAGAAUAAAAGUUCGUACAAAAAAUGCACCUUUGCCCCGAAUUCUGGAAAGUCGACUGAGUUGGUUAAAAUUGGGUGGUCAUUGGAGCCCUACAACUUGUAAACCGCCCAAUAAAGUAGCUAUAGUAGUGCCCUACAGGUGCAGGGGCGAACAUUUGCUUCUGUUUCUGCAACAUAUGCAUCCUUUUUUAAAAAGACAAUUAUUGGAUUACACCAUCUUUGUUGUCGAACAGAAUGGUUCGCAAGUUUUUAAUAGGGCAAUGUUGAUGAAUAUUGGGUUCAAAGAAGCCCUGAAAUUAGACAAUUACGACUGUUUUAUAUUCCACGACGUAGAUCUUUUGCCUGAAGAUGACAGAAAUUUGUACACAUGCCCUAAUCAGCCGAGACACAUGAGCGUUGCCAUUGAUACUUUUCGAUACAAGUUACCAUAUCAGUUUAUUUUUGGGGGGGUGGGUGCCAUUUCAACAAAACACUUCACUCAGUUGAACGGGUUUUCGAAUUCUUUUUGGGGAUGGGGUGGUGAGGACGACGAUUUUUCAAACAGAAUUCGAUUUCACAAACUUCAUAUCUCAAGAUAUCCAAUAUUCAUCGCUAGAUAUACCAUGUUAUCCCAUAAACGUGAUAAACCGAAUCCAAAAAGAUACGACAUUUUGUCAUCUGGUAUGAAAAAAUUCGACACCGAUGGUUUAAAUUCCUUGAAAUAUAGUGUCGUUACGUUGAGGCAGAAUCUGUUAUAUACGUGGGUAUUGGUUGAUAUUAAACCUCCCAGCUGAUUUAGGUCUGUUUUUUUAUCAGUAUGGAACUUUUUUUUAAAACGUCCUUAGUAAUAUCUCUACUAGUCAAUCGAAAAACGAUGAAAAUACCUGUAAUAAAUAUGACCUCUUGCAAAAAGAAGCUCAUCUGUUUGACUCGUACUUAAAUAUUUGAUAAAAUUAAAACGUUAAAAGGAACAAUAAUAUUAUAUGAUAAUAGAGGUGAUAUUAAAUAAAAUAACAAAGCCAACUGUGAAAAUGACUGUUUAGUACUAUUCAGUGUUUAAGAGAAACUUGUGAUAGUUUUGACUACUAAUAAAAAUCUCAGAGCGUAUACUACUUGAGAUAGCUUGCUGUCUGUGAAACAUGUGACUGCUGCAGAGUGAGAGACCAAAGCCAAUAUAAGUGAUUCACACCCUGCGUAUGAUUGACUGUCAUUACUGUAUACUCCUCUCCUUAUUGUUACGUCUCAUUUUACCCCAGCGUCACAUUCACUCACACCCUACCUGCGAUUGGCUGUCAUUACUGUAUACUCCUCCCCUUAUUGUUACGUCUCAUUUUACCCCAGCGUCACAUUCACUCACACCCUACGUGCGACUGGCUGUCAUUACUGUAUACUCCUCCCCUUAUUGUUACGUCUCAUUUUACCCCAGCGUCACAUUCACUCACACCCUACGUGCGAUUGGCUGUCAUUACUGUAUACUC